AUGGAUUCGGUUCCGUCUAACGCCGCUGUCGCAGUAGGAAGAACGAAGCCACAGCUGCUUAACAUCGUGCAGAUAAAUCUGCAUCACUGUAAGACAGCAGGGGCUGAGCUUCUCCUAUCCCUCUCCAAGCUUGAAGUUGACAUAGCCCUGGUCCAGGAACCUUACAUCUUUAAGAAUAAGGUAACUGGACUAGGGAGUGAGCGGUACAUCACCUAUGCCACCUCCAACGGGGAAAAGGUUAGAACGUGUAUCGUUUCUAGGAAAAACUUAAACUUAAUCUACCUCAAUAAUUUCAGCGGAGGAGACGCCACGGCGGUAAGACUGGAGACUGGGACGGGCAAAGUCAUCUUCCUCGUCUCCCUGUACCUACCCUUCGAAUACCCCGACCCGCCAGGCCAAGUGGUAGAGGAGCUGGUCACAAAAUUGGGUGGAAAAGGCAGUCUCAUCGUUGGAUGUGAUGCCAACGCUCACCACUCUCAAUGGGGCAGCAGCAACACUAAUGCCAGAGAAGCUGGAGUGAUUUCCACAAAGGGUAGACUGACAGACGGAUGGGCACGGCUAAAUCGACAUAGAAUCUUAUGCUGAUCAAGGGUCUUAUUUCGAGGAGUGCCAAUCGGAAUGACAAACUUUAUUGCGUGUUAUGUUUGGUGUAUUGUUCUCCCAAUAGUCAAUUGUCUGUAUCUUUAUAGUAUUUUCCUGAAGAUAAAAAUCAAAUUUAUAAAAAAACACUGUUUUUUAAUUGACCUCAAGCCAAAAAUAAUGUUACAAUUAUAUACAACAGGUACACAAUAAAAACAAAACAAAAUUAAUAAAAAAAAAUAUUGGCAUACAUAGAUAUAAAUAAUGAAUAAAAAUAUCCAGGUUUAAAAUCCAGCUCCUAUUGAAAUUAGCCUUAGCCUUUCAGUGCAACUGUUAUUAAUAAAUGACAGCCACGGCUAAAAUAGCACAUGAUCAGCUAUUUAGCUCAGCGCAUAGCUGUUUUAUUUUGGCCGAAUGAGUAGCCGAAAACAUAUGUUUACGAUUGUGUGUUGUCAACGUACAAAUUAAUAAAACACGUACAUAUGUAGUCGAGCUUGUCAGCUAAUUUAAGUUUAUUUUUGAAUUGUAACUUAUCAACAUUUUUUGUAAAUAUAUUGAAUAUCUCACAAAACUAAAAUAAAUUUAUAGGAUUCAAUAACAUUUGCACAUUGUCUAUAUAUGAAAAUACCAAAUAGAUAAAAUUUCGAUGUAUAUCGCAUUUCAUACGACGUGAAAUUUUUAUAAGCAACACUGAACUCACAAAUGAUAAAUGAUAAAAAAAAAAAAAAAAAAACGUUGCUGUGAAAAAAGAUCUGCCAAUAGAACUUGAGUCGAACCUGGAGAGUUUCUAGUGUAUAAUUCGCAUAUGCUAAUUUGCAAUAAGUUCGAAAUAUAUACUA